CUCGAGAUUCCACAGUAACGACAACUUGUAGUGACAAUAAAAGUUCUCGCCUCAAUAAUGAAUAUACUGGUAGUAUUAGUUUUGAUAUUACUUGUAUUUUCGGAAUACAAAUCCUCUGGCGAAACAGAGGAAUGUCCACCCAAUAAGUUAAAAUGUUAUGAUAAUAGCACAUGCAUUGAAAGUGCGUAUUGGUGUGAUAAAUGGUUUGAUUGUCCAGACUCUAGUGAUGAAUUAUAUUGUACGUGCAAGGAUCGAAUUUCUGUUCAAUAUCACUGCGACGGUGUUCACGACUGUCCGAAUGGCGAAGACGAAAUAGGGUGUUUUGGAUGCGAUCAGGAUUCAUUUAGCUGUUUCGAGGGAACUGAUGAUCUUUCUAAACAGCAAUGUGUCUCAUUAUCACAGAGAUGCGACGGCAUAUGGAACUGUGAGAACGGACGAGAUGAAAAAGACUGUCAUCUAUUGAGAGAAUCAUAUGUGAACAAUGCCGAUAUAGUGUCCGUCGGAUACUCUUCAGGAUAUUUAUUCAAAAAUUGGUACGGAAAAUGGUAUCCGGUUUGCUCAUCGUCUUGGAUUAAGGCCGUUAAUAUGUGGGCUCACUCAGCUUGUAGUAGUGAAGUCGGACGACUAACAAGCCAACCAACAAUCAAAAUGGUACCAGUACGACGCGGACUAGGGCUAUUUAUUUCGCAAACUAAAACAGGAAAAAUUCAAAUACAGCAAGACUGUGGCGGUCAAGCAGUUUUUGUUAAAUGUCCGGUAAUUCCUUGUGGAUCAACUGCUCCAGAAGCUUCGACAUCCGAAAUUCUCGUGGCCAGUAGGAUUUUUGGUGGAAAAAAGAGCAAGCCGCACGCUUGGCCUUAUAUUGUCGCCAUCCAUUCAUACUAUCGUUUAUUCAUAAAUUGCAGUGGGACCAUUAUAGAUGAGAAAUGGAUUCUAACAGCUGCUCACUGCGUAGAUAGCCAUCCAAAAAAUUACUACAGGAUUUAUGCGGGACUCAUCAGGCAUCAUACAUGGUCGCCAAUGACUCAAACGCGUCGAGUGGAGUUUGUAAUUCGUCACCCAAAUUUUAACCCUUUGACUGGUGCCAAUGAUAUUGCAUUAAUGAAAUUGGACGAACCCCUGAAAUUUAAUAGGUACGUUCGCAACCUUUGCCUUCCUUUACCUACAUGGGGAACUAUUCCAGCAGUUCAUGAAAUUUGUACCGUCAUCGGAUGGGGCAUUUCGAUACAAAACGGAGAACGUGAAGAAGAAGAAUUACGGGAGGUAGAAUUGCCGAUUUUCGAUAAAUGUAACGAUAGCACCAUUUGCACUUAUGAAAGAGAAAAGGACGCCUGUAAGGGUGACAGUGGGGGUCCUCUGAUGUGCCAAAUUCCUAAUUCCAAUCGUCUGUACAUUGCAGGAAUUGUUAACCGUGAAGAAAACAAUAAUCCUUGUGGACAUUUUGACGCAGCUGGAGUUUACGCUAGAGUAAGCUUUCAUUAUCCAUGGAUCAAAAAAACUAUGAAUCUUGAUUCCAGAUCCUUUGGAUUUAAACUUUUGGAGCAUUGUCCUGGGUAUGAGUGCUAUGGAGAAGAUAGUAUUUGUUAUAAUUCGGAUGCACAGUGUAAUAAUUAUAUUAAUUGCUGGACAGGAAUAGAUGAAUUCGAAAACUGUUCUAGAAAUUUACCCGAUGAACUUGUUAAUCGAGAUAAUAAAUAUUCGAUGAUAAAAUGGAAUUCAGAAGAAAAUGUUGAUCAUUUUAUUUGCACAGAUGUAACACAAACUAUUCCAAGAUCUUUAAGAUGUGACAAGAAAAUCGAUUGUGAAGAUGGAUCAGAUGAACUUAAUUGUAGGUGUACUGAUAUUUUGUACAUUAAACAUCCUCUAUCGAUUUGUAACGGACGUAUCGAUUGUGCGGAUAAAACUGACGAACUCAAUUGCCAUGACAGACGUAAUGAAAAUAAUACUUAUCUAUGUACUCGAAGUGCUGUUAUUAUUCCUGCGGAGAAGAGAUGUAAUGGAAUACGAGAUUGUCAGUUAAGUGACGACGAGAUAGAUUGCUAUGCAUUAACUAACGGAAGCCACAUAGAAUUAGACAUAGAAGGAUCAACAGUAUUGAAAAUAAAUGGAAUUGUGUCAGUAAAUAGGAACAAUACUUGGACCAUUAAGUGUUUUCGAAACACAAUAAAAUUAGCAGAUGAAGCCAACAAAUACUGUAACAUCCUAGGUUUCGGCAAUUACAAAUCUAUCAGCCCUUUGUAUAUUGAUGCAAGAAUAUUGAAAGGAUAUACAAGUUCAAAAAAUAGUUCAAUAACUUUUAAUCACUAUGAAGUUAUCAAAUCUAUUUUACAAAGUCGCCAUUUUGGGGACUGCUUUGCUCUUUUUAUCGAGUGUCAGAUGAGUUUCAAGAAUCCUUUAAGUGAAUAUUUGUAUGAAAGUAACUGGACUAAUGAGGAAACAUACUUGCUUCCAUGGGAAGCAACAAUUUUUGUCGACGGUAAAUACCAUUGUCCUGUUUUGUUAUUAGACACUACAUGGGCUUUAACUUCUACACGCUGUACCAAGGAUAUUAACUUAAAAAAUAAUAUCACAGCUGUUGUAGCAGGUUUAUCAAUACCUUACCAACAUGUUAACGGUCCUCAUGAAGAAAUCCGAAUAGUCGAUCACAUUGAAAAUGUCGGUCAACUUCACACCACGUUAUUGCACUUCAAUAAACUACCUAUAACUCGUUAUAUAAAACCAAUAUUUGUAAAUCAUGCUAAACCAUAUCUUUCUGAAAGAGGCUAUUGCCAAGCAACCGGAGUCAAUCAGAAAUUGGAAAAGAAGUCUACAAUAUUAUUUGUCGAUAUAGUUGGUUGUCCUAAAAAUAGGUUAAUAUGCUUCAAAAACUCAAUCGAAAAUUGGUGCUCUGACAAUGACUCUACCGAAAAUUGGAGCGGAUUUGUAUCAUGUUAUAAUUCUAAAGGAUGGUAUGUAGCAGCCGUUUUCCAUGAAAAAGAUAUCUUUUGUAAAAUAACGGACUCGAAUACAUUUAUUGGGAUUGACAUAGCAUUUCAUUUUUUUAGUGACAUCAUGAAUAAAAUUCAUAUUAAACUUCCAAGUGCCCAAUGUGAUGUUAAUGAUAUGCAAUGCGCUGAAGGUAAAUGUAUUCCGCGGAAGGAUGUUUGUAAUGGUAUUCAAGAUUGUCGGGAUGGAUCUGAUGAGAAUAAAGACAACUGUUUCUGAAGAAAAAACAAUGAAAAAUACACGACUCAUAAUGCUUUUUUAAUUAUAGAAUAAUAAUGAUAAAAUAAUAGUCUAGUCAUUUAGAAAAGUCAAUCACAAUUAAUUCCAAUUAGGAACAGUGAGAGAUUUUCUAUAGUUAUAAUAAAAUCAUUUUAUGCACAGGA